AUGCUUUUUCACACGACACCAUGCAGUGUCAACGGCGUGCCGUUAGUUUCAUUUAAUGCCGUUGCCCCCUUCAACGCUUCGAUGGGCGGCCCUCCUGUGGCGACUCCGCCGGGUCAACGGACAUUAACGACAUUUUAUUCAGAUCCCACGGCGUCGUGGCAAGCCGCGGUUCCGCUCGGUAAAAUAGCCUCACCGCCGCCGCCCUCGCGCGGAUCCGCAGCUUCGACCCCACCGAGCCUCACCGGCAGCAGCCCCAGCGUCCAACACUCCAGCCCCAACAGUCAACUCGGGUUUCGUGGCCACAGUGGCAUAAUUAUCACCAGCGGUGGUGGUGGUAACGUGCAUCAGUUCCAUCCCCAUCCUCAACAACAUCCCACAAUGAGUGGGAACAGCAGUAUUAACAGUACCAGCAAUAUGAGCCCAUUGCCACCGGGUGCCAUGCCAGCGUGUGCUUGGAAUCUUUCCAUGUCGCCACCGCCGCCCUCUUCACAGCCAAUUUAUGUUGUUCUGCCACAUGGUCCGGCACCAACAGCAGGAGGGCCGAUGCCUCCCGGAGCGGCGUUGACAGCAGCGCGAGCCCCGUCAUCUUUGCCCACUACUUUGCCAUCCCGCCGCGGAAACGGAAUGAUGUAUCAACUUGGGGAGUGGUAUGAGGGAGUCGUAAAGCGGUACAACCCGAUGCGUGGCUUCGGUUUCCUUACGGCAACACAUCAUCUGCAGGUCAUCCCGCCCGAUGUGGAUAACAGGGCGGGAUCUGUGAGUGAUGCUGAUGGCCAAAACUCGCAACAAACCGCAUCACCACCCCAAGCCACAUUACUGAGGACGCCCGUAACGGUCGGUGAUGUGUUCGUGCACCAGUCAUACAUCCGAAUGCAGGGGUUCCGUGCGCUCAGCACUGGUGACCGUGUUGCCUUCCGUGUUGGGAAACUUCCUGGUAAGGAUGCGAAUCAGGCUGUUUCAGUUCAAUUACUAUCCACGGCUAAGCCGGCAACUGGUGCAACUCCAACAGAGGAGGAGGAAGAGGACGUGCAGGGAUCAUCAUCGACAACAGCCACGACAGUUUUGUCAGGGUUUUCCCUCACGCAGCACUCAUCUAAGGAUCAUGAGGGUGAUGCGCAAAAUAGUGCCCCUGGCGUUACGGAGCAUGAUGUUACUGAUGAGAGCGUCACACAUUCCGACAUUACAGUGGAGCGACUUCUUGCACACAUUACCAGGCAUGCGAUUCCCUCUUCUGUCGCAUCAACUGCGGAGCCCCUCGACGGCACAGACGCUACGAAUGAUGACAAUAUUGGGGGAAAUGACAAUAUGAAAUGUUCCCGUGACGGAUGGGUUGAAAAUGCGCCAACUCAGCGCCGCCACCUUCCAUUUUGCCCUCGCCUGGAAGAAGUCGCCGCAGCUCUUGAGGCCACUGAUUUUCUUGGGGAAGCCGAACUGACAUCACCGCCUGCUCAAUGGGGUUUAUUGUCGCCAAGUACCGACGCUCGGGGGCUCUUUGGUGGAUUUGAUGGGAAAUGA